UCGUCUGACGCCGCGCCUCCCCCCGCGCCUCAAGCCCUGCCCGCCGACCGACCGUCGGACAUGUUGGAUCGCUAGUACGCUGACAUUAGCCCGGCGAACCGCGCGUACGAAUUCAAUAAAAUAAAUAACCUCAACUUUUUACAAUGGAGCCCAAACAAAUACAGUUUCGCGACUUUUACACAGAAUUCUUACAGCUUUAUGAGUCCUACCCGUGUCUGUGGGACAGUGAAAGCUCAUUAUACAUGCGCAGUGAUUUGAAGCGGAAAGCCGACCAAGCGUUGCUGCAAAAGUAUCGAGAGUUUGACCCUGGCGCAACGAUACAUCACAUGAAGAGGAAACUGGAUUCUUUAAGACAUAGCUACCGCCGGGAACAAAAGAAAGUUCUGGAAAGUUUGAAAGCCAUUGAAUCUCCAUAUGUUUAUAAGCCGACCUUGUGGUACUACAAUUUGUUGUCAUUCCUGCCGGAUCAUCCUUCAAGACGCAGGAAGAGUGAUCUUGAGAAGUCAGUUACGGAACCGGAGCCCGUCUUUGAGAAAGACGACUACGAGGUGGAUACCUCGGACUUUGAAGCCGUCAUGAUAACUUACAGUGCGAGCGAUGACGAGCUCGCCUCGCCACCCCCAAAGAAGAAGAAGAAGUCAAUCAAGAAGAAGACAUCCAUCACACAGGAGGACCAAUCAGAAACAAUUGACACCCACGUCUUCAACUACCAAAGCCCGGCGGAGAUAGAAGACGAAUGUUCCGCCUUCGCGACCAACAUGAAGAUACAGAUGAGAGAACUAGAUGUGACGCAGAAAUAUAUAGCACAAAAGCUGAUAUCCGAUAUAAUGUUCUUGGGACGCACCAAACAGUUGAAUUUGAAAUCCAUUGUGCUUGUAAAUGGGAACGCGAAUUUAAACCAACAAGAUUUCGUGUCUACAAGCCAUUAAUAUAUUAAUCAGUGAUCAACUACAUAAUAUUGAAGGACCAAAGGAUGAUUUAUCUAGAUAUACUUAACUACUUAGGUAUGUACCUGAGCACCUACUACCUAUACUGCAAUUGUAAUUACAUUUUAUUUUACAAAAAUAA